UCCGCGGGUUGACGAUGAUAAAAGCCCAAAGGAAAGUGAACUUGGGGCUGAUCAUCAUCACCAUCAUGCUGGGGAGGGGGAGCCGAGAUGUUUACUCCUCGUAGUUCUGUGGAACAAACAUUAACCGCUGCAGCCGCCAUGUCGUAGACCACAUGACGCCUUACUGGGAGCGCAGGGCCGAGAAAGCGGGGAGGCUGUGACCGAGGGAGGGGAGGAUGUACUGGGCUGCCGGCUUGGCCUCUUCCCGGCCGUGCGUGGUGGAUCUCGGGCGGAAUCACAGCCUCCCUCUCGGGCUGUGUGUGCCCGAGCAGCACCAGUCGUUGUAUGGAUACAUUAUCGCCUUCCCUUUGCAGGACUACGGAGGCAUCAUGACGGCGUUGGCCUCGGACUCCUGGUGGAAGAAGACCCUGUACAUCACCGGGGGGGCCCUCCUUGCUGCUGCAGCCUACCUACUACACGAGCUGCUCGCCAUCAGGAAGGAGCAGGAGCUGGACUCUAAAGACGCCAUCAUCCUCCAUCAGUUCUCCAGGCCAAAGAACGGGGUUCCCAGCCUCUCACCUUUCUGCCUCAAAAUAGAGACAUAUCUAAGAAUGGUGGACCUGCCCUACCAGAACUAUUUUGACGGGAAGCUGUCUCCUCAAGGCAAGAUGCCCUGGCUGGAGUAUAACUAUGAGCAGGUCUCAGGGUCAGAGUUCAUCGUAGACUUCCUUGAAGAGAAGCUGGGCGUCAACCUCAACCACAACCUCACGCCUGAGGAGAGAGCCGUGUCACAUGCUGUCACCAAAAUGGUUGAAGAACAUCUGUACUGGACCAUCGCCUACUGUCAGUGGGUGGACAACCUGGAGGAAACCCAGAAGCUGCUGGCCAUGAGCGGCCCUUUAAGCAACACACUGAAGUGGCUGCUGAGCCAACUGAACGGCAGCAUGGUACGCAGGGAGAUGUAUGGACACGGCAUCGGGCGCUUCUCCAAAGAGGAAGUCUACGCCUUGAUGGAGAGGGACAUGAGAACACUGGCCACGCUCCUGGGAGACAAGAAAUACUUCAUGGGUUCCAAGAUAUCAACAUUAGAUGCGACCGUGUUUGGACAUCUCGCCCAAGCCAUGUGGACGCUGCCUGGUACUCGACCAGAGCAACUCAUCAAAGGAGAGCUGAUCAACUUGGCCAUGUUCUGCGAGCGCAUGCGAAGGAAGUUCUGGCCCGAGUGGUUUGUGGACGUGGAGGAUCUUUAUUACGACGGUGACAGCGAGAGUAGCAGCGGCGGCACCGUAUCUCCGACUGGCCUGCUGGACUUUGGACUUUUCUCCAGGACUGACACGCUUGACGACAGCGACGCCAGCAUCCAUUCGGCCGUAAACACGCGCACACACACCCCUAAGUCUGACCAGUCGCUGUUCGAUUCCGAUGUGGGCACGGGGUCGGACAAUGAUAUUCACCUAAAGGAAGAAACAAUGCCCGACCUGGAGGUUUGACCUGAACGAGAACAUCCAACUUCCUCUCCAAGACGACAUACCAGUGGGCAAGUGUGGGUACGUUAUGCACAGCAUCACAGCUGAAUCUCUAACUUUACUUGUUAUGGUCCAGCUUGUUCUCUCCCAAAACGUCACAACUGUCCAAGGUGGCAGUUUCUCUUUGCCUUAUUUGUCUGGUCCUGUGAUACAGAAGAUGGUGUGUGAGACAAUAGUGGGGAAAAAAAACAUCUCAUGGAGGUACACGGACUCCCUGCUGGGGAACGAAACUAAUCACCAUUUUGCCAUUUGUCUUAAAGCUGAAAGUCACUGAAACAUGUGGCUAAAACCUUCACACAUCACAAUCAUCAUGUUCUUAUCAAAGGUAUGUGCAUGUCCCUGUCAGCUGAUUGGUUACAUUGUUUCUUGAUAUUAUUUUAUCUGGUGAAUGGGGGGUUUUGGUCAUUAUGACAAGGUUGUAACUAACGCAAACAACCAGUAGAUGGUGUAAGCAUCCUGCCUGCAAGAGGAUCUUUGGAUGAGAUGUAAUAUUUGCAUAUUUUAAUACAUGCAUACUGCUGAGUUCAGCUACAGUUCCGCCUUAGUGCUCGAAUCAAACAAUCGAAGCAAGUUUUUGUUCACCGGUGCCACUUAUUUAUUUUUAUGAAAGAUUAAUUGUAUGCAUUUUUUAUUUAGUAUACUUAAUAUAAUCCCUCAUGGGGAAAAUUAUGUUUUUAUUAAAUAUCUUAUGUGUCAAAUACAUAUAUAUUUUUAUUAGUCUUGUAUGUAUUAUUGCCCUCCGAAGAAACAUUAUUUUUGCACUAGUGGAAAUGUAUUUUCCCUUUAUUUACAGGAGAGCUGGGGAAGAAGAAUGUAUUUGGUUCUGAAAAGGGAAAGAAAUGUAGUAAUUGUGCUGAGGGACUGUGCUACUAUUAGGCCAUCUUCACAUGGCAACUUUCCCACUCAAAAACUAUCGUUUCAGGGCACCCAGAAAGCCGUUGCCAUGUGGAUGAAAGGGCGAAACGAUUUGUGUGGAUAUGAGUGUUGCCUGAUCGACCAAAAGUCUUCAUUGAACACAGUCUUGAAAGCAAGUAUGUUACAAAAAAGGGGGGGUGUAUCUAAAAUAUGUAUGAAAAAGGUUAAAAGGGCCAUUUUACCUAGAUUUUCAUUUGAAUGUUUUGUUUUGUAAAUAUGUUUAAACCCUGUAAUUACUGACAUGCAUGUCAAUAGGAUCAUUUAAAGGGGUGUGGCUUAUCAUAUCAUCAUGCAUCACUAUAAUAUCACGAUAUAUCAAUAUUAUACAUUUGACUGGCGAGAAGAAAUCAUGUGAUUCUGUAUUGCCUCAUAGUGAGGGAUGCAAGGUCCAAGUAUAGAAAUAAUCAUGGGAAGCAAAGCAAAUAUUUUUGCUAGCCUGGCUUGCUCCCCUACAUCGCCAAUACGUUGGUGUUCGAUUAAUUCAGCGGUUCUUUCAUAACAGAACAGAAAUCUUUGAAAUACAACUGAGAACCUGAUGAGAAUUUUUUUUAAAUUAAGACAAGUACCCGCUGCCUCCCUUCACGCUAUCGCUCAACUAUUUGAAAAGUAGUUUGUCCUAUCGGUGUGAUUGGUGGUUUAUACAGUAUGUCCUACCUGGGAUUGACUGGCGACCAGUCCGGGGUGUACCUCACCCUUCGCCCCAAGUCAGCCUGGAUAGGCUCCAGGUCACCUGUGGGUAUAGAAAAUAGCAUUUUAGCAUAACCCCUUUUGUUGUUUUACCCACUUCAUAUCAAUAAUGGUUUAACUCCCAUCACUUUCAGCUGCAGUGAUAGUACAGCAUACUGAAGGAUUUAAGGCAGCUUACUGAUAAUCUCUCGAUACCCUGAAAAACAAAAAGUUUUUUCUUUUAAUACCUGUUUUGUCCAAAAAUGUUUUCAUUUUUAAAUGCAACAGUGUCUGGUGAAUAAAUACUAUUUUUUACUGCCAUACGAUGUACAUCAAACAAAUUCGGAAUAGAUACUGCAAGAAGUAGUUUUGCUUCUUGGGUACACUCAUGGAUUUCUACAUCUUGAUGCGUCAACAUCAAGUUUUUAAAAAAGUGGAUAUUGGAUAUAUAUUCAGUAUCUUCAAAAUGACCGCUUGUUACCAAUACCCCCUUAAAAUAUUAAUAAACACCUAACGCCUACCUUUUAUAACAUGCUGGUUGGGAAAACAAAUCUAUUUAUUUGGACAAAACCCCCCAAAACAUCACUGAGAAGCCUUUUAUGGUUGAGUGUUUGGAAACGGAGGACAACGAUGCAUUGCUGGGUCUCAGGAGGCUACAAAGGCGGUGGUCUGUUUUGAUGUAAACAACACACACAGUGUGUACCUCAGGAGUCAGUAGGAGUUCAUAAUAAAACUACGUUUUAUGCAGUUUUAGAAUUGAUUUAAUGUCAACUUCAGUGCAGUCGGGCAGAGGCCUGUCUCCAAACCUGGACGCAAAAAACCAAGGCUCUGUGCUUGACUGCAAACUGAAGUAACUGUCAGGAUAUUUUGUUCAUGAGCAAAUAUAAGACUUGAACAAUGAAUGAAUGAAGGCUUAAGUAAACAAAUCCCAUCAUGUUGUCUUGUAGUUUGUCCCCAUGCAACUUGAAUGCUUUUUAUUUUUUUUAUUUUUAACCAAACCAUAUUAAAAGUCUCAAACAAUGUCAUAUAGGAUCUCUGCUGGGAUCAUGUAAAUAUUGUAUGUGUGACAAGGUGUAGCAUAUUAUAUGUAGAGCAGACUGGGUGAUCUGUGAACAUGUAGUCAUAAACUGGGUCGAAUGGCUCCUUUCAAUAAAGAAAAGCGGUGACAAUUUUAA